UCUGGGCACGCUUUAUUCCCAGGUUCGUUUGUUACUGACAUUUUGCUGAGGUGGAAACUUGAACAGAAGUCAGAUCUACCAGGCGGAACAUGUACAAUCGCAUUAACUUUCAAGAUGCCACAGGAAGAAACUAGUGUCUCCAAAAGGGAGCGCGCAGAAGACCAAGGCGAAGGCACGGACGCGCGUACUGAGUGCGCUCAGGAGUCUCCAACCCGCCUGUACAGGAGAAGAUGGCUGAUCGUUUUGCUCUUCAGCUCAUAUUCUCUGUGCAAUUCGUAUCAGUGGAUCCAGUAUGGAAUCAUCAGCAACAUCUUCAUGGAUUUUUACAGCGUGAGCGCGUUCGCUGUAGACUGGAUGUCCAUGGUUUACAUGCUCACUUACAUACCACUGGUCUUCCCAGUAACGUGGCUUUUGGACAGGAAAGGGCUGCGAGUCGUUGCGCUCGUAGCCACCGCUGUGAACUGCGCGGGCGCAUGGGUUAAAGUCGUGAGCGUCAAGCCGCACCUGUUCUGGGUGAGUGUGUUCGGGCAGGUCGUGUGCUCCAUCGCGCAGGUGUUCAUCCUCGGCAUGCCGUCUCACAUCGCCGCCGUGUGGUUCGGCCCGGAAGAAGUGUCCACCGCCUGCUCCAUCGGCGUCUUCGGCAACCAGCUUGGCAUUGCCAUUGGCUUCCUGGUGCCACCUGUUCUUGUGCCCAAUGUAGAUGACCUGGAUAAACUGGCUUAUCAUAUCAGCAUUAUGUUUUAUAUCACAGCAGGAGUGGCCACCCUCCUAUUCAUUCUAGUUGUUAUUGUGUUCCAGGAUAAGCCAGCUCUUCCUCCCUCCCAAGCCCAGGCGGUAAUGCAAAACAUGCCUUUACGAGAUUACUCUUACCUGGCUUCAAUUCGGAAGCUUCUCUGGAACAAACCCUUUGUCCUACUCAUCAUCACCUAUGGAUUAAAUGUUGGGUGUUUUUAUGCUAUUUCAACUCUGCUGAACCGGAUGAUCAUUGGCUACUACCCUGGAGAAGAGGUGAAUGCUGGAAGAAUUGGUCUGACUCUUGUCAUUUCUGGUAUGGUGGGCUCUCUCAUCUGUGGCAUCUGGUUGGACAAAUCAAAGACUUACAAACAGACCACACUUGCCAUAUAUCUCCUGUCGUUUGUAGGAAUGGUGAUUUACUCCUUCACUCUUAACCUGGGCCAUCUCUGGAUAGUCUUCAUUACAUCGGCAAUUUUGGGAUUCUUCAUGACUGGUUACCUGCCACUAGGUUUUGAGCUUGCAGUGGAGCUGACAUACCCAGAAUCCGAAGGCAUGUCUUCGGGACUACUCAACUGCUCAGCACAGGUGUUUGGCAUCAUAUUCAUCAUUUGUCAAGGCAAGAUCAUUGACUCCUACAGCAUACUAGCUGGGAACAUCUUCCUCUGUGUUUUCCUCCUUUUAGGGACCAUUAUUACAGUUUUUAUAAAGGCAGACCUGCGGCGGCAAAAGGUGAACCUGCAAGCAGAGGCAGAAUCAGAAGCUGCAUUUAAAAACUGCAGAGCUUCCGGGGACCUCUGGCAGUCCCCGGACCCCCGGGCUUUCUGGGUUGAUGCCCCUCCCUUCCCAUUUUCCCGGAUCCACUCCUGUCAGAUACAGCCAAGACACCAAGAAGAUGGAAUAUCAGUGAAACAGACCAAGAUGUAGAAAUUAAGUUAUCUUGCAUACAGAUCAGCACACAUGCAAGGAACGGUGCAUCCUUCUCCGAGGAACUUUGAGAUAAAUUUGGGAUGUUCAUUUACAUAUGAACUUUUUGACUGAGAGAACGAAACAAGAUCUAUUUGAUACAAAAAAGUCAUAUCCAGAAAAAGCACCAACACUGAAGUUUAGGGUGAUAAUGAUAUUUGAACUGUUGAUAAUAGAUGGAGAGAGGGAAUUUACUUUCAUUUAUUUUUAGGACAUCAUGCACUUUAGGUUUGUUAACCAACAACAGAUGCUUACAAUAUGAACAAUAUUAGGAAUGUGUCUUUCUUUUGUUUUACUACUUCUCUGAGAACUGGACUGUCUUUAUGUCAAAUUGGAUUUCAUGUAUAUGGGCUGUUUCACAAUCAUGGCUGUCUUUUUCUAUAAGACCAACUAACACCUGCAACUAGGUCCUGUGUAAUGUAAUAUAUAUAUCAUCUCAUUAUCUCUAGCCGCUUUAUCCUUCUACAGGGUCACAGGCAAGCUGGAGCCUAUCCCAGCUGACUACGGGCGAAAGGCGGGGUACACCCUGGACAAGUUGCCAGGUCAUCACAGGGCUGACACAUAGACACAGACAACCAUUCACACUCACAUUCACACCUACGGUCAAUUUAGAGUCACCAGUUAACCUAACCUGCAUGUCUUUGGACUGUGGGGGAAACCGGAGCACCCGGAGGAAACCUACGUGGACACGGGGAGAACAUGCAAACUCCACACAGAAAGGCCCUCGCCGGCCACGGGGCUCGAACCCGGACCUUCUUGCUGUGAGGCGACGGUGCUAACCACUACACCACCGUGCCGCCCACAUUUAGAUUUUACUGGUUAAAUUGAGAAUUGCAUUUUUUAGCAUUAACUAGGUUUGAGACGUAUACUACUUUCAUUCAUAAUAGAUAUAUAACUGGAAGUUACUUUUUUUUUUUUUUGUAAACUACUGAGAGCAUCUUUUGUCCAUCAAAAAUGUCCUCUCUGGAAAACACUCCCCAUAUGACGAGGUUGUAAAUUAUUUUUUAAAGAAAAUAUUUCUGUUUUGAAGUAGAAUACUUUGUUGUUGUGCAGUAAAAAACAGGACUUGAAACAGAUGUGAGACACGUUUGCAGCAGAGCUUCACAUGUGGUUCAAAUUUGAGUCUGUCAAAAAAAGUGUCCUCUCUGGAAAACCACAAGGAUCGUUACCACUUCACUUGUUUUUUCCAGUUACCACCGUGUACUGUACAAACACAGCUGAACAGGACUUGAAAAUUUGUACUUAAAACCAUAGACAUUUCAACAUAUUUUCACGAUGUAUACUUUACUCUUGUGGACUAUAAGAAAGUGGGUCAAUUUUAGAAAUACACCAUAUGCUGUCUUCUCACCACAUGUAACCUGACCAGUAUAUGACCUGUAGCUUUGAAAUUCUGUGCAGUUAAUUUACAUCUCAAAUGGUCAGUUUUGGCAGCAGAGAAACACAAAAAGCUCAGGUUUAAUUUUUGGACUAUUGUGGACCUGAAAAGUAUACCCUGAUUAUGAAAAAGUAUAUCAAAUGUUCUGGCAUGUAGGAUCACUGAGGAGCUGCUUCCAAUGGUGAUGUGAAGGCUUCCUUGAUUGG